GUUGUUGUAAUAGGUUCAGUUUCCAUGGAUUCGGUGCAUGCUAUAUCUUCUCCCAAUGCUUGGUCAGUCAUAAAUGGUGGAAAUCUCAGACGGAGUAUGCAUCUCACCAAGAAUAUUUAUUAUGCAAGUUCUUAUACAUCAAAAAUAUCACAACGUAUAAGAAAACCUCAUUUUGAAUACAAAUAUUCGAGGUUACGACAACCAACUUUGAACCAUCGUUACAAAUGCAUUGGAGAACGGUCUACAUAUAAAAAACGCAACGAGAAAUAUGUUGCGAAAGUUGCAUCUACACCAUAUUCUGAUUCAGAAUCUCGUGCUUCUUAUUCCAAAAGAAUUUUUGACAUUGUCAAAAAAUUCUUGGUUGCUUUCUUCAUGUUUUCCAGUCCCUAUGCCCUGACUGCCCAAACAUUAAGCAUCAUUUCUGCAUCUCUCCUUGUGGUAGAGAAAUUAUCAGAUAUAUCUCCAUUGUUUUUUAUUGGUGUGUUACAGGUAGCGGUACCUCACUUUUUUAUGUGUAUUUUCAUUGCUGGUAUAAAUCAAUUGUGUGAUCUUGAAAUAGAUAAGAUAAAUAAACCAUAUCUUCCAUUGGCAUCUAGAGAAAUAUCUUUUACAACUGGAGUCAUUAUUGCUACAUCAUGUUUAACUUUGAGUUUUUGGCUUGGUUGGACUAUAGGUUCUUGGCCAUUGAUUUGGGGUCUUUUAUUGUGUUGUUUUCUAUGGACUGCUUAUUCAAUCAAUGUGCCUCUAUUGAGAUGGAAAAGACAUCCAUUACUUGCAGCAAUGUGCAUUUUUGCUACUUGGGCUAUUAUUUUUCCAAUUUCAUCUUUUCUUCACUUGCAGACUUUUGUGUUCAAGAGGCCACCUAUCUUUCCAAGAUCAUUGGUUUUUGUUGUUACAUUCAUGAGUUUGUACUCUAUAGGUAUAGCAUUAUGCAAGGAUAUACCUGACGUAGAAGGAGAUGCAACGUUUGGUAUCUAUUCUUUUUCAGCACGUUUAGGUCAGAAACGGGUAUUUCAAAUUUGUGUUUCACUUUUUAAAAUGGCUUUUGGAGUUGCCUUCUUGGCUGGAGCAACAUCUCCUUCUCUUUGGAUUAAAAUUUUCACGGCCCUGGGACAUGCUAUUCUUGCUUCUGUUCUCUGGUACCAAGCCAAAUCUAUAGAUACGAGAAGCAAAUCUUCUGUAGCAUCCUUCUAUAUGCUAAUCUGGAAGCUAUUGUGCGCAGAAUAUUUCCUUAUGCCUUUAGUUAGAUAAAGACGAUGCAAUAUAAUCGACAUAGAAAUUAAUUUUAUUUAAAUGACAUUCCCUUUGUG